AUGUGCGGGGGCUGCGUGGGCACCGAGUACCCGGAGCGGGGCACCACCUGCCUGGAGGGCGGCUCCUUCCUCCUCAACUUCGUGGGGUGCGCGCAGUGCGGCCGCCGGGACUUCGUGCUGCUCGACAACCGCGCCGCCGGCCUGCACGGCGGGGACGAGAUCGUCACCUACGACCACCUGUGCAAGAACUGCCACCACCUGAUCGCGCACCACGAGUACACCUUCAGCGUGGUGGACGACUACCAGGAGUACACCAUGCUGUGCCUGCUCUGCGGCCGGGCCGAGGACUCCAUCAGCAUCCUGCCCGACGAUCCGCGCCAGAUGACCCCGCUCUUCUGAAGCCGCCUGGAUGUGGCGGACACACCUGAUGCCGGAUGCUCCCACGUGCCCGGUGGCAGCUCAGCCCUGCCCGCUGCCCUGCGGCUCCGACCCCGGCUGCAGGAGCACCGCGGCCUGAGCCCCCCUUGCGCUGAAGACAUGAAGGGGGCCUGACAUGUCACCCCAAAAAGGGGUCCAAAAGGAUGCCCGCCCUGUCCUGCCUCAGGAGCCCACGUGUGUGGGGGCAAUAAAUGUGAUGUGUUACA